AUGACACACGGAAGCUCGGCGAGACCUGGUGCACCGGCUAUGCCGACCUCGUGGCCAGCCUUCUGGAAGAAGGGUUUCACAAUGAAGUGGCAGGAAGUCCGUGAGGGAGCCGUGCACUUGCGCGUCUCCAAGGCAUUGCGCAAUUAUGGAAAGGCAUCACCGUGGCCUCUCGCCCUGGAGCGCCUGGCUGCCCUAUCGACAACAGGCUGCCAGCCCUCUUUGGCCCUCUGUUGCACGGGCAUCAGUGCCGCCGGAAAGGCUGGAUUGUGGCGCAGGGCGUUGUCGCUGCUGCCGGAGCUUCCCGAGUUCGUCACCAACGUGAGAGGUGUCAGUUCGAGCAUCAGUGCUUGUGAGAAGGGUGGUAGAUGGGAGUGGGCCCUGACGAUGCUCUCAUGGCCAGGUUGUGUCGUAAACACCAUCAGCUUUAAUGCGGGGAUCACCGCGUGCAGGGGGCACUGGCUCCGGGCUGUUGAGCUAGUUGAGGAGAUCCCUACCAGAAGAUUGGCACCGGAUGUGAUUUCUUACAACUCCUGCAUCACGGCCUGUGCAUCAGGGAAAGCCUGGCUCGUGGCCCUUGACCUGAUUUCAGACAUGCCGGCUAUCAAACUGCAAGCCAACACGGUCACGUACAAUGCCGCGAUGAGCUCGUGUGAAGAAGAUGGGCGGUGGGAAUGGUCAUUACGGCUGCUAUCCGCGAUGGCUGCUGCUGAGGUUCAGGCAGAUGUGAUUAGUUUCAGUACCAGCAUCAGCACCUGUGAGAAGGGUGGUCAAUGGCAGGUUGCAGGUCUUCUCUUUCGGCAGAUGCUGACCCUGUCCAUGCGGGCCGACACCAUUGUUUUCAGCGCCUGCAUCAGCGCCUAUGCGAAGGGUGAGGAGUGGGCUCUCGCUCUCCAUCUCCUGGGUGAGAUGUCAGCCACGGUUCGGGCGGAUGUCAUCGCGCUGAGUGCCGGCAUAACGGCCCAGGGCAGGGCGGCAAGAUGGGAUCUGGCUCUGGACCUGUUAUGCAAGAUGACUGACAUGGGAGUCCAGGCAGAUGUUGUAAGCUACAACGCCGCCAUAGGCGCGUGUGAUCGGGCGGGGCAGUGGCAAGUGGCUCUUCAGCUGCUUGGGGACAUGCCUUUGGCUAGGCUGGGCACCAAUGCAAGGAGUUGCAGUGCUGCCAUCGGCGCCUGUCAGGAAGCACAAGAGUGGGAGAUAGCUCUUCAGAUUCUGUCGAUGGGUUCCGGAGCACACAAAAGGGCCAAUGUGCCUUGCAACGCCUGCAUCAGUGUGUGCGCUGCUGCCCAGCAGUGGCAGGUCGCAUGUGCCUUGCUGAGGGAGAUGUCGGACGAGGAGCUCGAAGCUGAUGUGAUUACGUUCAAUGCCAGCAUUCACGCAUGUCAGCAAAGCGGACGGUGGCAAUGGGGUCUGCACCUCCUUUAUGACAUGUUGCGUGGCACCCUGGCGCCAAACGAGAUUAGCCUCAAUGCAGCCAUGGGCGCAUGCGCCAGAGCUGGGCAGUGGCAGCAAGCUCUUUGGCUCCUCUGGGAGCUUCCGCGCGAGUACGAGUGGCUGCAGAGGGAUAGCGUCAGCUUCAGCAGCAGCAUCAGCGCUUGCGAAGCAAGCAGUGGCUGGGAGAAGGGGUGCUGGCUGUUUUCGCUGAUGCCCGGAUUGCGGAUUCUGCCGGAUAUCGUGGCAUUCAACACCGUCAUGAGCUCAACCGCACGAAGCGAACUCUGGCAGCCAGUGCUGGGGCUGCUCAAG